AUGGCUCCGCCUAAAAAAGAUGCAUUUGCUGACUUGUUUCUGUCUGCAGCAGGCUCAGGACUGAACUCCUCCCUAAACAACAGCAUGAACAAGCUUUCCUUGCAGGAGCAGUUGCAACUGAAGAAGCCACCUUCAUGCCUGAGUCCAUUCAACGACUGGGACGUUUUAUCGGGAAACAGCACUCCAAUUGGAAAACCGGUGCACGUAGCAAAUCAAGUUCUGGACCCGUUUGCCGCAUUUGAAUCGAGAAAAACUGAAAAUACCUCCAAGAGCAGUGCCAUUGAUGAUGAUCUACUCUUUGGCUUGGGAGGAGGAAAUCAACCGUCCAAAGCAGCACAGCCUCCUACGGCGCCUCAGCCUCAAAAAGCUUCGGUUGGAAACUUAUUAGAUGACGAUUUCACAGAUGCAUUCACGCCACAACCAGAGCCGGAGCCAUUGCGGAAAACAGAACCUGAACCUCAACCAAAAAGGCCCAUUUCAAGAGAGUCAGCGACGAGCCCUGCACAGCGACUGGACAGCGGUCGAGACUCUGUUCUUGCGGGACUUGUAGACAUUGGGUUCUCUGUGGAUGCGUCGAAUAAAGCAAUUGACCAAGUGGGCCCUGAUCUCCAGGGCUGUGUUAACUUCAUCAUGAGAAGCAAUGAGCUGACUCCUUCGAAUAAAAGAGUUCAGUCUCCACGCUACCCUCCAAGACCAUCGGCAAGUCAGCAAGGCUCGCAGAGCCAGUCAGACUUUAGCAAUACAUUGCAGGACCUCUCCACUGACAUGUUCAAGAAGGCCUCGUGGUUUCUCGCCAAAUCUAAGGAAACUGUUUCAAAGAACAUUGAACAAUUCCAGAACUCUCGAGACAGAACUGGCCAGAAACAAAUGCCUGCGUGGAUGAGGCAGCAGAGUGAGUAUAAAGAGAGAGCACUGGAACGGAAGAAGGACGGCACUUCGUAUGAAGAUUACGGCUCCGAUGCUGAGAAUAUAGAUGAGGAGGAGAUUCAGCGAAUUAUGAGGCUACAGAAGCAGUGUGAGAAGGAAAGACAUAGACAAAGGCUCGAGAAAUUGAAGGAAGGCUUCUCAGGAAGCAAAAGCAAAGAUGGUAGUCUGUCGCCACAACCUCCCAUGCCUCGCAGACCUUCUCUGACCUCUACAUCGAGAUCACAGCGCCAGGAUCCUCCAGCUGAGCCAAGGCCAGUCUCUCAACCUGCUCAACCUUCGCAACCUGAACCUCAAUUUCAACCUGAAGCUAAGAAACAUUCUCAGCCGCAACCUGAGGAAGACUUGCUAGGCCUCGGCGACACUCCCAGCCAAAGAUUUGAAGCAUCACAAAGCAAAGAUGUCGCUUACACUUCGCCAGCGAGAAGACGGCCAGCGAAGAGUUCGUCGAAGCCUCGCAAUACUACAUCAGAGGCACUCAACGCAUUUCAGCAAUCUGACUAUGAGACUUUCAAGCAGAAGGGCACUGAAUCGUUCACCAAUGGAAACUACGAUGAUGCGUUUAACGCAUACAACAAAUGUCUUGAGAGUUUACCACAAAAGCACGAACUCCGCAUUGUCAUUAUGUCGAACUUGGCUAUCACAAAUAUAAAGCUCGGGAAUUACAAGUUGGCAAAGCAGCAGUGUGAUGACGGCAUUGCGCUUGUGGGAGAUAAUUUCAACGACGAAGAUUGGACAUUGAACGACAAGAGUAUCAAGUACUGGUACAUCAAGUUGUUGACGCGGAAAGCAGAAAGUCUCGAAAUGCUUGAAAACUUCACGGACUCCCUUGAAUGCUACAUCGAGCUUGUAUCAAAACACGGAGUGACAGAGAAGAAAAUAAUGGACGCCAAAAGGAGAGUCAACAACAUAAUCAAUCCUCCUAAGCCUGUUUCUAAGAAGCCGGCACGUCUGACAUCAAGCACCCCUGUGUCCGACAGCAAUGCUCAGGUGCAAAAAAUAAGGAAGCAGAAUCUAGAGGAGAAGAGACAAGAGGAGUUGAAACUCAAAUUGCAUGAUCAGGUUCACGAAAAAGUUCAGGCUUGGAGCAGUGGCAAGGAAGAUAACUUGAGGAACCUUCUUAUGUCGCUCAGUGAUGUCUUGCCCCAAAGGCUCGGGUUUCCAUUUGUGAACGAGAAAAAAAUCACCAUCAACGAUCUUAUGCUCACCAAGAAGGUCAAAAUUAACUACAUGAAGGUCAUCAGUGCCAUUCAUCCAGACAAAUUGGGCAAGUUCGAGUUGGAAGAUCAGAUGAUAUGUCAAGCAGUGUUCAUCAUUUUAAAUAAGGCGUGGGACACAUUUAAGGAGCAAAACAACAUAGCAUAA